AUGACAGCUACCCAGGCUAAUGUCCCGUCUGCCUCUGAUGCGGUACAACGGCAGCACCUGCUGGCAGCAUCACCACCCCCUUUCCCACUCACUUCUUCCACAGUUCCUCCACCUUUAUGGGCUCCCCGCAAGAUGAGUACAUCCCAAGACCUUCGUGCUCUUAGCAAUGAGACCUCAGCCAUGGAUCAAGACCUCCUGACGCUUAGAAGGCCUUCUCUUCCUGCCCUCCUAGGGACAAGCAAGUCAUCCUCCAGGUCACGCAAAGUGAAGCGGCCUAGUUCUGCUGGAGAAGACGCUGAUAAACCUGAGCAUCGCGGUCAGCUUAAUGAUAAUGGAUCAUAUCAGCGCUCUGUAGUCUCAUCGCUAGCAGAAGGUGAUACCGCGAGGUUGUCAUCCCAACAGAGUGAGGUCACUACGUCAACUCCCUCUGUUCGUAAGAUGGGGUCCAAAUAUAGCUUCAGGAAUCUAUUCAGGAAGUAUAGCGAUACUGGUGAUAGUGGGCCGUCUACUCCCCCGUUGCCUACGCGUUCGAUACAGCCUGCGGCGUCGUCAGAACUGUCGCUACAAACUCCUAUGCCUCCUACGCCUACUUCGGAUUCAGGACAAUCAUUACCGCCAUCUAAUCCUCCUGAGCACCCCAUCGUCACACCUACUGCUGGUGUGGCGGUGGCUGCUGUUCCUCUUAGGACGUCACCUGCGCCGCUCCCACUCCUAUUAGGGGACUUGGGUACGACAGAUACCCGCAUCGUAUCAAUCAGUCCCCCGAAACUCCCUUCAGGUCUCACACAUUGGAAUCGGACUCGUAAGGCAUCCGAGGUUGCAGUGUCGAGUCCUUUGGCGUCAGAGUCGUUCCUCGCCUCACCCGGUGCUUCUGAUGGCAGUGAGAGUCCUUUGCUGCAGCAACAGCAACGGGAUGAAGUACAAAAACAGACCAAAUCGUUAUCGCCUCCAGUUUCGCCGCGGUCCGUUAUGUUUGAGGUUGAUUCGCCCGCGCCUCCGUCAGCGCCUUCGUCAGCGUCAGCGGUUGGUACAGCGCCUCGGGGUCUACAUCAUCAUCAACGUCGUGCCUCGUCGCAAUCUGGACGUGCCUUGAGGUUCACAGACGUUGUUGCUCCUUCGAUGAUUUUAUCACUUCCAUCACUUCCACGUUCGAUCCAUCGUGCAUCCUCAUCGACCUCCUCGGGUAUGGGUGAGGGGAGAAGGCAACAUGAUGGAAUUGGGGAAGUACCGGAGGUUAUUGAGGACGAUGUGGAUGGUGAUACUGUGCUGUCUGGUGGCGCCAGUGAUGUCACCGCACGUCCUCCUGGAGUUCCUAUAAUUACGCCCGUCCCGAAGAAGACCGACGAGGACAGACGGACGCAUCUUAUUGCUCAAGCGUUGGGACUCGUGCCCGCUGAAGAUACUGGACGGAAUAGAGGCGAUUCGUUAUCUUCCAUGAGCGAUGGUAGCGCGAAUAAUGCUCAGUCUCAGAGUUCACUUUCAACUUCUUCGACGGCCGAUACCAUGCUUACCGCUCCUUCUGUGAGAGCAAAGGGUGAUCCUGUGGCGUCCCCGCAAUCUGUUGGACCAUCGCUGAAAGAGGAAGGGGAAGGGGUUGCAGAUAGGGAUGAGGGUGCUGCGAGGCUCGUUGUGUCAGUAGAGGAGCUGAGAAACGUGACGAGUCGUGCGGAUGCGGAAAGGUUGAGGCAGAAAGCCGAGGAGGAUAUUUUGGCGCUCGCUAGCGAGUUUACGAGUGGCUCGGAAGGGCACAGCCCUCUUGGUGGGAGGAAGUCGAGUCUAGCAGAGCAGCUUGAGGCAUACGGGCAGGCUGUUCAGCUUGAACGUCGGUUCGUGAGCGGCGAGACUCAGAAAGAUGUGAAAAUCGAUACAAUUGGCGCCCAUAGGGCAGAGACGGACGGCGAGAGUUCGGUGGCCUCUUUAAGAGGUAUAGGACUGGAUCUGGGACUGGGUUCCCCUUCUCGGUUGAAGGGACGUGGUGGACGGCCUGUUCGAGGUCUUAAUCGUGCUUCGAGUCUUGAACAUGCAUCGACUCAUCGUCGGAGUCCGUCUAUUGGCACGAGUGUCGGGACCCCACCCGGUGCUCAACUUCAGUUCACCUCCCCCUUUGAUUCGCCGCUCCGCUCCGGACGACAACAACAAAGUCAGCGCAGCCGAACUGGUCAUCGCCCCAUUGCUAAUAUGUCAUCGUUGCAACACAAACGCUCCCUUGAAGCGAGCCUUGUGAAGCGUAAUGCGAAGGGCGAUCUGUUUGAUUACGAUGAUGAAGGUGAUGAUGAUAUUGGGGAAGAGGGUGAUAGUGGCAUUGAUGGGUUACGGGAUGAGUUUGGACAGCUUCGAAGCCGGACCGAACCUAGAUUGGGCCAAGGUGGGGGCGGGGAUAUUGAGAUCAUACGCACACUCCCCACGCCCACUGAGUCGCCGACGAGUAUACUUUCUUCGCUGAGAAGAUCUACUCGUCUGGGGGAUGAGCCUCAUUCACCUACUUCGCCUACUUCGCCUACUGGGUCUACUCACUCUCAUGCGUUCUCCACUCAUUCGUAUUCGCGUAAUGCAGUGCGGGGCUAUUCUGAGGAUAGCGGUGGGUCGUACGGAGUCUCUGAUCGUAUUCGGUCUCCUGCGCCAUUGAAUCAUCAGCAAUUCACGUUGCAUGAUCCACUGAGUAGCACGUCGCGUGAACGGGAGCUUGGUGUUGUUUCGCCCGGAAGGAAUCAGACCGUUCUUCCUGCUGUGAUGGGGCUUGCUGAUUAUGCUCCGGUGGAACCUGUUCGGAGGGGGAAGCGUGCUCGACUGAAACACUUUGUCGUGCAGACUUUAAAGGGGAAGUGA